AUGAGAUAUAAUUUUUCGCCUAGUCUAUGGAUACGAAUUUAUCUUAUAUUUGUUUGGCAUUACAAACGUUUCAACUGCAAUGACAUUUGCGAAACCUCUGAUUUCAGUCCUUAUGAUAUUGUCAUUAUUGAGAAUGAUACUUAUCGAUAUUCUUUUCAUUAUAAAUAUUCAAUGAGGAUUCAACGUUAUCAACCUCAACCAGUUUCCAGUGACCGUUUCAAAAAAAUGUCGACCUACAUAUACUAUGCUACACCUCAAUUCUCGUUUACUUUUUACGGUUUUCACGUCGAACAAAUUGAUAUUUACAAAAAUCAUGGAGAAAAUGUAUUUCAAUUUCAAAAUACCUACAUUGGAACUAUUGAUAGUUACAUAGAAGAAUUUGAGAACUCUGAAUCCAGAGUUUUGGAUGAGAAGGUUACAGCCACAAUGACGAGUUUAAUACACCCAAAUGGGAAGGUGUCGUUCUAUUAUGAUAACAUUCCUACGGAAAUUGAGGAAAGUAGGUUGCAAUCGGAAAUCUAUGGAUCAAUACCUUGUGAAGAUGGUCACACAAGGUCUCCUGAGAUAUCUGUUCCAGUAAAAUGGAUCAAAAGUGGUACGUUGGUGGAGUUUGAAGCCAUGAGAGACCGUUGUUUGCAGUACAAUACAAGUGAAACAUGCCAAAAUGCAACGACAUCGAUUGUGAGAUGUUUUUGGUGUGAAAGAGAGAGGGCGUGUAUAGAAAGUAACGAUCAGAACACUCAUUACUUGAAAGUGAACGACUGCCGUGUUGAGAAGAACCCGGAUGUCAACGAUUUGAAUAGUUCAACAACAAUGAAACACAGUGAAACAACAUUGGGGAUCACUGAGGUGGAGAAUAUGAGUACCUCGGUAACGGAAGAACAUGAACAACACAUAUCACGUUGGUACUUAUUAUUUGUAAUUCCUUUGGUCGCCUUUCUAUUUUUUAUAUGA